CCAGAGAGUUUAUAUAUAUAUAUAUAUUUUUUUUUUGAGAUCACAAAGGGAUAUCUCUCGGAAGAUUAUCCCAAAAUACUAACUAAAAUUCAAGGAGCAAAUAAAACCAAAAACAUCGAACUUGGACAAGUUUUGAAAACUCGUAAUAUUCAGGCAUAAUAUUCCGGCACAGACGACAACAUAUUCUCUUUAUAUCCUUUCUAACAAACUGAAAGGAUUCUUUGCGAGUAUUCCCUGAUAUUAACAACAAAAGCCUAAUGGCCAAUAACUUGCCAUUAUUUUUCCGAUCGUAAUGAAACGUUACUUUAAAAUGCCAUGCGGCCUUACUAAUGAGCCAUCUACUUCGGAAUUAAUAAAAGAAUCGAAAAAGCUCUCUAAGGAAAUGGACCAACAGUUUGAAGAGCUAGAGCAGCAUUGUGAGAAAUUCAGAAGGGAACAUGGUAAUCUAGUCGCAGAGACCGAGGAGCGUUUUAAGAAUAAACAAACUACUAAACCGAUCAACUUGAAUAGGCCAGAUGAAUUGGAACGUCUACGCGAUGCGUUUAGUGAGGCAGCCGAUAUGAUUUCUCGAUCGAAUUCCGAGUGCGAUUCCAAUGAUGAAUAUUACGAUCCACGUUUGAGUUUUAAUAAAGGUCUAGAGGAGAGCUCCUCGGAGUAUCGUGCUGGUGGCUAUCAUCCGGUGGCCAUUGGUGAUAUAUUCAAUCAUCGGUAUCAUGCUAUUCGAAAACUUGGAUGGGGACACUUCUCUACCGUUUGGCUGUGCUACGAUUGCGCCAUGGAUCGUUAUUGUGCAAUAAAGGUGGUCAAAUCGGCUGACCACUUUACAGAAACCGCACGCGACGAGAUCCGAUUACUUUUGACUGUCGACAAGAACGGCAGCCACUCAAUGAGGGAGCGAAUUAUUGAAUUUAUUGAACAUUUCUAUAUAAGCGGAUCGAGUGGGACACAUCUUUGCCUGGUGUUUGAGUUACUUGGUGACAAUUUGCUAACCCUAAUCCGAAAAUCUCGAUUUCCUGGACUGCCCCUUGGGAAUAUUAAGCAAAUAGCACGACAGGUUCUCGAGGGCCUGUACUUCUUACACAACAAAUGUCACAUAAUACACACCGAUAUAAAGCCGGAGAAUAUACUUCUGGUGGCCAACGAAAUGACAAUACGGUCUCAGGUCAACCGGACAACCAAUGCCUUUCUCAAGGUCCAAGCUCAGAAACAAAAAUCUAGUUCUGCUCGUGGAAAUCUGAGUGACAGGCGUAGGGAAGCCAGUUCCAAUCCCUAUGAUAUGAAGAUGACCAAGACGGCCAAGAGGAGAAUGAGGGCCCGGUCGAAGAAAGUGAUCUCCUUUUUCGAGAAUCACCGCCGGUGGCUUCGCCGACAAGGCACCUUGGAUCUGCUGGGGAUGGCGUUAAAUGACCGCCUUUCACCAAUAACCGCCGCAUUGGGCGUCACCGACAUGCUGCCGUUUAUGACCUUUAACUUUGAUGGUCUGGUGAUCCUCAAAGAAACCGAUUUGGCCAAACUACAGAAUAUGGCCAAGGUCGAAAGAGUUGGCGAUAUGCUCGCUGUACAUCUUAACGACGACAGUCCCGAGGGGCAAGCAAAAAGACAGCGCAAAGUGAAUGUCAAGGAUAAGACCAUAGAACAGAUACUAGAAGAGAACUUGGAUCCUCUAACGCUCCUGCUCAAAAGUCCGUUGCAAUUUAUGCGCUAUGUACUGAGACAGGUCAUUAUAUCGGAUCGCGCGAUACAUGAAGCAUCCCAUAGUCUGAGCAGGAAUCAGCGGAAGUCCUUAAAUGGUCAUAGCCAUGGCCAUGGUCAUGGUCACCAACACCAGAAGAAGAAGCCGGGAUCAAAACCGAAUAAAAGCCCGGAUAGUAAAUUCAAAAGUAGGGGACCCGUUUUCAAUCUUUACCCUUUGGACCCAGCCAACGAGUACUGUAGGCUGAAUGUGAAAAUAGCUGAUAUGGGUAAUGGCUGUUGGUUCGAUCAUCAUUAUACCGACGAUAUACAGACCCGAGAGUACCGUUCCGUAGAGGUGAUUCUUGGCGCGGGAUAUAAUGAGACCGCAGAUAUCUGGAGCGCGGCCUGCCUUUUUUGGGAACUAGCCACUGGAACUUAUUUAUUCGAUCCCCAGUCUAAUCGUGGCAGCGCCAGUCUGGAUGAGGCACAUUUGGCCAGAAUCAUCGAGACAUGUGGUCCCAUACCCAGGGGUCUUGUCGAAAAUGGUGAUUAUUCUUCGGAUAUCUUUACCGAACAUGGCCAGCUACGCAAUAUUACCCAUUUGAAAUCCCGAAAAUUGGUCCCUAUCCUGGUUGAUCAAUACGGAUGGGACAUCCAGGAAGCCAGGGACUUUGUAGCCUUUUUGAAGCCAAUGUUGGAUACAGAUCCAAGCCGUCGGAUCUCUGCCCGCGAAGCCAUGGACGACUACUGGUUGUUGGACGAAUGGGUUGGGAGUGAGGAGGAAAAUCGUGAAAGGUAUCGAAAUAAGAUGCCGGGGUCUACGAGGAGCGAGGUCGAGGAGGAGCCACGACCAGGGACACCCGAUCCGAGGUAAAAUGAUUCGUUCCGUUCUUAGAAAACUUUCGAAUCCCCUGGCAGUAUCCUUUUAAAAACGCCAAGUUAAAUAAAGUGCGUCUGUAGUUGCA